ACAACUGGACGUGCCGUUUCAAGAUGGCGGCGUCCAUCGCGAAGUAUCAUCCUCUCACUUUUUGUUGACAAAAACAGCAGAACUGAAUCGCUUAAACAGUGCGAGCUCGUGUAAUGCAGCACACAAAAAAGAAGAGUACAGCUUUGAAUGUCCACCCCUGGAGGAAGCAUGUCUUCGCUGUAUGUUUUAAUGUUUAUUUAGGGAGAAAUACACGGCUCUGCAGCCAUGGCCGCCGACAAUAAAAUUCAUUUCUGGAGGAGGAACGCGAAGGGUCCCGGAAGUCUGCAGCCUAUCUACGGGGCGCGGUACCCACCUGUGGACCCUCGGGUACUCUGCUCGUUUCUGAAAGACACUCCAAAGUCAAACGCUGUGAGCGUCAAAUCAAAGAAGCCAUCCACUUUCCAUGAGUUUGCACGCAGCACCAACGAUGCCUGGGACAUAGACGACGUGGAAGACAGCGGGUUCUUCACUCCGACACACUCUGUUCCUGUGCAGUCACACUCCACAGUCAAAGCACCCCGUCUGAAAGAGACCAAUCGUGUGAUGGAUAAAGAGCCGGAGCCAAGACCAGGGGACAGAUUGGAAGCAGGAAGCAGAGAGGUCUGCCGAGAUCAGCUGAGGUCUGACAGUGAGUCGGUAAAUGGCAGAGUGGUGAAGUCCAGCAGUGACGUCCAGCUGAACAGUAAUUCAGAGCGCAGCACUCUACAGAAGCAACAGUCUCUCCCCAUGCGUCCCAUCAUCCCUCUAGUGGCCCGCAUUUCAGACCAGAAUGCAUCUGGAGCUCCACCCAUGACCGUGCGAGAGAAGACCCGACUGGAUAAGUUCAGGCUGCUGCUGGCCAGUCCCAACACAGACCUGGAGGACUUACGGAAGCACAGCUGGUCAGGGAUCCCGAGAGAAAUGCGCCCCAUCACUUGGAGACUUCUAUCAGGCUACCUGCCGGCUAAUAUGGAACGUAGGGAGCUGGUUCUCCAAAGGAAGCGAGAGGAGUAUUUUGGCUUCAUCGAGCAGUAUUACCACUCCAGAACAGACGAGCACCACAGAGACACCUACCGACAGAUUCACAUUGAUAUCCCUAGGACGAAUCCGCUGAUUCCAUUAUUCCAGCAGCCGCUGGUACAGGAGGUCUUUGAGAGGAUUCUGUUUAUCUGGGCGAUCCGACAUCCUGCCAGCGGCUAUGUGCAGGGCAUCAAUGACCUCGUCACACCCUUCUUCGUCGUCUUCCUGUCUGAGUUUGUGGAGGAGGACAUGGAGAACUUUGAAAUGGCUGCUUUGCCUUUGGAAACACAACGCAACAUUGAAGCUGACAGCUUCUGGUGUAUGAGCAAGCUGCUGGAUGGAAUACAGGAUAAUUACACAUUUGCUCAGCCUGGUAUUCAGAAAAAAGUGAAGGCUCUGGAGGAGCUCAUCAGCAGGAUUGACGAGGACGUGCACCUGCACUUCCAGAAGUGUGAGGUGGAGUAUCUGCAGUUCGCCUUCCGCUGGAUGAACAACCUGCUGAUGAGGGAGCUGCCGCUGCGCUGCACAAUCCGCCUGUGGGACACGUACCAGGCCGAGUCAGAGGGCUUCUCACAUUUCCACCUGUACGUCUGUGCAGCGUUCCUCAUCAAGUGGAGAAAAGAGAUCCUCUCCAUGCUGGACUUCCAGGGUCUGCUGAUGCUUCUACAGAACCUACCCACGAUACACUGGGGCAACGAGGAGGUGGGUUUACUCCUCGCCGAAGCCUACAGACUUAAAUACAUGUUCGCGGACGCUCCCCGCCACUACAAGAGAUGAGGACGUUCAGAACCGAGCAGCUACUCAGUACUGACUCAAUAACGAACACGAUGAAGUGACCCGACCCACAUUCUGUCUGUUUCUGUCCUGUCUGUGUGGGCGAGGCAUUCCUUUAAUCUUCUUUUACUUCAGCUUGAAUGAGUGGAAAUCCAGAAAUCCAGGCUGCUACUCGGCACCGGGCUGAACGUAUGGAUCAAAUAAACCGAAGGUCAAAAGUCCCCGCACUGGAAAUGAUCUCGGAAACUUCAUCUCAUCCUCAGGUUGUGUGUGUUCUGUUUUUUUUUUUUUUUUUUUUAAAUUAAUAACCAGAGACAGAGGAGGGAAAUGGAUUCUGGGCUGUUUUAUGAAAAAAUAUAUAUAUAUUUCGUGUGUUUAAAAUGAGUUCUUACAUUUUGCUCUGCUGCAAUGAAGUGAACAUUCUUCCUUUUUUUUUUUUUUCUUUUCUCCAGACGAUAUUCAGUUCUGACAUUGACUGUUACCACUGAAAGAUUUGUGUGUGCUGUGUUUUGUUUAGUUUUUUUCCUCUCUUCCAUUUCUGCUGUAUUAAUGAGCGACUGGAUCUGUUCAUUUUGCCAUCACUGGACCCAGACAUCAGAGCAGCCAGUAGUGCGGAAGCUACAGCAGCCUAUCCGAGCCGUUUGCACAGUAGACUGACACUGAAUUUAAACAAUCCUAAGAGUCUGAUUUUACAGCUAUUUUCAGACGCGCAGCAAAAAUCUGAUUUUCUGUCGCUUGUUUGAUUUGAGCAGUCUUAAUUGGGGGGGGAGAAAAAAAAAACCCACAUCAGAUAGAAUUUAAGACAGUGUGAUGAAUGAUACGGUCCUCCCUGACACCAGCCUUAGAAAAUAACCCAAUAUUCAGUUUCAAGUCAUUGUCUUUAUCUACGUUACGGAGGUCAUUUUUAAGUAGAUAACCGAGGUACCUAGCUAGUUAGGUAUUAAUGUCUGGAACAAGACACGACGCUGAAAAUUUUGUCGGACAUUUUAUUCAUUUAUAGUCAUUUUUAAUGUUGUGGAACAGCCGCAAAACAAGUUAGUCCCUGUCAUCACUUACAUUAUAACAGCAAUUCCCUCACCAGUCUCUCUUAACGAGACAAAAAAAAAAAGCAGUCUCCUAAAGACUUGUCAGAAAAAUUAAAGCAAUAGCUUUACCUCUGACUGUUACAAAGUACUGACGCUCCUUCCAUGAAUGCUGACGUACACAGAUCAACGAUUACGCACAUUUUUAGCUUCCAUACAUAAAUGUCUCUGUGUUUUUAAAAAAAACAAACUUUUUUUCACGUGUUAAAGAAACAAUAACGCGUUAGAAUGAUCAAGAAAAAUGAUUCCACACCACCUGAUCAAUCAGAUUCAUAAAUUCAAUAGAGCGCUGGUAUAAGUUUAGCUACUUGUAACUAUUUAUGUUUAAUACACGGUAAAACCGGAUAGUUCAUUUAACUCAAAAAAAAAAAAAUGAGGAAACUAAUUACCUCAAUUUUUAAGUUAAUAAAUCAAUUUCUUUAAGCCAAAUACAGUUAAAUAUAACAAGUUUGAGUUCAAUUUUUGUUAUAUUUAAGUGUAUUUAGCUUAAAGAAAUUGAUUUAUCAACGUAAAAUUUUUGAGGUAAUUAGUUUCCUCAAAUGUUUUGAGUUAAAUGAACUUAUCCGGUUGUACAGUGUACAUAUUGCUUGCUGUUCGCGAACGAAUUGUUUGUGAUUAGCUAACAUGCUUCCUCUGUGCAACUCUAGCUAGCUUAUUUAAUUGGAAGGUAGCAUGAGUUAGCUAGCUUCGUGGCUUUGUUUUUCUUUUCUUUUUUUUAUUGAUAAACAAAUUGUUGUACAUCAGUCUAGCACCUAAUUAAUUCCAGGUGACUGUCAUGUACCAAGUAGCUAACCCUGUAGGUGAUUUCAGUCGAUGAAGAAGUCCCGACAAUGUCAGGACGGACCAGUGGAGGGGACGACUGCAUUUCUAGAUAUGCUUCAUGACGUCAGAAUGACAACAUGAACGAAACAGAUCGAGAUUAGCUGACUGGACAUUGUCCAGUUCAUAAAACUAGCUCACUUUUGCCUUAUUUCCACUACUCGGCAUAUAAACAUCUGUGUUGUUGCUAUAACAACUGCUUUGGAUGUGUGAGCCUGUGCAACUACAGUACGUACAAAAAAAAAAAAAAGAAAAGAUUUGAUCUCAUGUAAUUUGCAAUGUGGACACUGUCAAAAAAAAAUCGGAUUUAAGAAAAGAAAUUAGAUUCGCGCUGCUGUCUGAAAUCUUUGAAGGUGCCGUGGUUUCGCGUGAAGCGCCUGCAUAUUGCAGAAACGAUGAAAUGAAAUUUUAAUGUUAAUAUAAAUAUUAAAAAGGGUUACGUUUCUCCUGUGGUGGAACUUUAGAAACGACUACAGAGCGCAGACCACUCAAAUCAGACUGUGCUGAAAUAUUAAUAAUAUGUUUGUAGCGAGAGAGUCGGUCUAAUGCGAGGUUAUGUUAUGCAAGAAGACGGUGUGGGGAUAAAAAUAAAUAAAUAAAUAAAUAAAAUAAAACACCCCACUCGGUCAGUAAUGCAAGCUGCAAGUGUGUGGACGGAGAAAUUAUUAAUGCAGCACAAACACAGUGCUGAAAACUGACCGGGGGAAAUAAAAUCCUUUGUACACAGAUGUAGGAUCAGCUCCUUCAACCCAAAACUUAACCUUUACUAUUGUUAGAUUAUAUCGAGAACUGAUCCAGGAUCAGUGGGUUUGAUUGCUUUUUAUUUCCCAACCUUAAUUGUCUGUAAAUGUGCGAAUGCAAUCAGUAAUUAGUUUGUAACGAAGCUUAAUAUUUUUCUCUUACCAUAUAAAGGUUUGCUAUGUAUAUUGUAAUUGUAAUAUAUUACAGUGUAUUAUCCAUUUUUUUCAGCAUUUUUUGAUAGAGUGUACAGACUGGGCUCCGUUCACCUCGAGCAAUCAGUUUUCUAAUCCAAAUCCCAUUGACGGCUUUAAUAAUUGAUGAACGGCUGCCACCAUACUUUAUAUAUUAAAGUAACUGGAGUACAUGUGAAUAUAUCGAGCUGUCAGGAUCAGUUAAGAGAAAUUGUGUUAUAUUGUCUCUGCUUUCGCAGGGCAAGAAGUGAUUUAAUGUUUAAUCUGCAAAUCUACACUUCCACAUCACCGUAACCGACUCGAUAUGAUGCUGUUACAAUGUCAUGAUGCUUUUUGUUUUUGUUUCAGUGUUGGUUGCAUAAUUUUAAUUUACCUGUGUGUCUUUGUCGUUUAUAAUUCGGUGAUAACCACGGCAUAAAAUCUUCGUAACGAGAUGUUAAUUGACAUUGCAGGGAUGGACAAAUCAUAAAUUCAUUAGCUAGCCCACUGGGAAAGUAAAAGCUCCAACGUGCAGCCCAUUCUCGUGUUUUGCUGCCCAGAAGUCCAAUUAAUUAGGCUGAAAAGCUGGCACGUAAUUUAACUCAAAAAUAUGACGAUGUAAUUAUGUGCAUUAAUAUAGAUUGUGGAAAAGUAAUGAGCACUUGAAUCCCUGAGAGCAGCGGAUUUACGUAGCUUUAGUCUUUAUCCUCUCCUCAGGUUCCGGUGAUGAAGCAUCACAUUUGCCCCCCAGUGCCCAACCCCACAACUUUUUGGGUAAGAAUUUUUGAUCCUUUUUAGUUAUUUUGGCUACGAUCUGUGGUGUUCUCUCGUUUUACAUAUAGAUGUUUAUAUUGAGUCUGAUUAGUUAAUGAGAAUAGUUAAUGAGAAUUGCGACUUUUUUUUUUCUUCCUCUUGUUAUCGAGAAACCACAAAGCCCUUUAUCCUGAAGACUUUCUAGUGUUGUGGGCGGGGGGAGUAGCUUUACUUGUAACUGAUAUACUGUAAGGUGCUGACACUGGAGACUCCUUCCAUCAAUAUCUUCAUCAUGUUGUCGCUUGGUCGUUACUAUAGAAACGAUAACGUAUUAAUAUGAGCACAUGAAUAUAAACCUGUGAUUUACUUCAAGUCCAAGUUUCACCUCCCGAACCGAUCAGAAUCGAGAAUUCGACAGCACCCUGAUAUAUCCGCUAUUUAUGUUUAAUUUGCGCUGGAGCUUAUCCCAGAGAAUUUGGGGAACAAGUGGGGGGGCACCCAGGACUGGUGGAUAAUCCAUCGCAGGGCACAAUCACACACCCAUUCAUACAGCACACACAAUUUAGAAAUGCCAACCAGCUUGCAAUGCAUCUUUUUAGACUGGGGGAAACCAGAGUACCCAGAGGAAACCCCCAAAGCAUGGAGAGAACAUGCACACAGGGUGGAGGCAAGAUUUGAGCCCCCAACCCCGGAGGUGCAAGGCAAACAUGCGAAUCACUAAGCCGCCGUGCCCCCUACGUUCAAACGAUUAUUCCAAAUGAAAAGUUUGCAUUAGUCAAUAGAAAGUAGUUUUUAGUUUGGUGGGUUGAUGAGUCAAGUAUAUAAAAAAUUAAAACACGUACGCUGGUGAAUAUUACAUCAACAAUCUACUGAACAUACUUGGCCACCAGGCAAAAAAAAAAGUUUUGUAUAUGCUAUUUGUCCCCCCUGUGACCCCUUUGAUAGUGUGUCUGUCUCUCUCUCGACACACCCCACACCCUUAAACAGUGUCCUUGAUAACGGGUGGUUUAAAUGGAUAAACUGGACAGUUGGAUUCCUGCAACUGUGAACUUGCUGUGUAUUAGAGCUUUCUGAGCGUAAACAGCCUCAUAGAGACCUAGUUGGUAACUUGAGUGCUGUUAUGAUUGGGAUAAUUUGUGCCGCAAAUAAACACUUUUCCCAGCUUUUCGGCUCCAAAUGAAGCAAUUCUCAGACAUCAGCACUAAAAACGGACUGCAGUUUUAGCAAUCGAAAAUUGGCCCAAAAAUUGACUAAGUGAUUUUACAUUGCCAGUUAUUUCUCUCUGGGGCUGUUUGGAAGGGGAACAGACCAUUUUCUUGUUUUCAGCUAAGUGACCCUGUACUGCUAUUGUGUUCUCUGAAGUACAACAAAGGUAAAGCAAUGUCCUGUUUAAGGGCUGGUGUUCAUUUUUUAUUAAAACAUAUCAAUAACAGGGGUUUUUGGAGUUAACUCAUGGAGGGGUUUCUUCAGUUUUACAGAGUGAUGUUUUUUCCUGCUUGUACGCACCCAAAUUUUUAAAAUAAAAAAAAAUAAUAAUUUAAGAAGAAUCUCAGCCAGUUGGCUUGGAGCGGAGAAACACCAAGCCUCCAGAGAUUUUAUUGUAUUUCUUUUUUUUCAUCUAAGACUAACCUUAAUCUUUGCCCUGUUCUCCAGAUGUGAUUGGAUCGUUUUAAAGUACUUACUAAAAUGCAUGCUCUGCUCAAAAUGAUUUUAUGAUGCCUUGACAAUUUGACAAUCCUUGGCCAUGUUUGUUCCUGAGUGUGAAUGUAAAAAUAAUUUGAUGUUGCCCUGACUGACCUAGUGAUUGUUUGAAACUCAGCCUAUUUGUGUGUAAUUUUCUUUUAAAACCACACUGUGACUAUUUAUUUUUAUUUAUUUUUUUUGAAGCCAUUAUGCCUAGGACUACAUCAUCUGUGUUCUUCAGUAAUUACUGAACGCCUGAUUUCUUUUGUGUGUGCGCGCGCCUGUGUUUUUUAUGAUUCCACUGUUUACACAAAUUAAUGAUGUAAACAAAGUCAUUAGAGUUGCAAAGCUUAUUUUUCACGGGU